AUGGAGAACACUAUCUUCAAUGAAAGAGAAAAAAGUGGCAAUUUAUCUACACUUCCAAAGUGCUAUGAUACCAACUUCAAUCAGUCUGGUAAAAGAAAAGAACCUAAGUUUAUUCCUUAUGAACCAUACAAGGCAGCUACAUCACCUAUUGUUCCGACAAUGAGGACCUGCGAGAAGACGUUAAGCUCAAAAUGUGUUAUAGAUUCACAAAAAGUGAAUUCUCUUGCAUCCAGUAUUAUAAAGUUUAAUUCUUGUGGUAAAAAAGAUGAGAUUUUAAAGUUACCAAAAACUGCUGAAAAUGAAUCUGAUAUCAAGGAAGAAUGUUGUCUGAAGCAUCUCUCAAAAAUUGACGCUUUGGAAACUAAAGUUAAGGAGCUUGAGAAGGAUAAAAAAGAUCUUGAAUCUCAAUUUAAUAUACAAGUUAAAGUUAAUGCUGAUUUAAAGAAAAUGUUAAUUGCAUCACUGGGUGAAGAUAUGGAACUAAAAGUGUCUUACAUGACUGAAGAUAAAGCAAGACUUGGGAUGAAUGUGUUGGAAUUUUCUGAAGAAGUAAGAGAAAAGAAUGAGGCAAUAGACAGGCUAUCUGUGGAGCGUGAUGUAUGGAAAACUAAGUUUGAAGCCAGCAGUGUCAUGGUGAAUGAACUUGCCGCAUGGAAGAAAUCUAUAUCCCAAAAACUUAAUGAAGCAGCUAGAUCACUUAAUUUCCUUUUAAAAGAACAUGACACAUUGUUCAGCCAGGUGCAAUCAUGCUAUUGGUGA